AUGGCUUCACCGCUGGCGACCCACGCUGGACUCUUGCUGCUUUUCUCCAUGGCGUCCGCCCAAAUCCGAGGCGACAACAUCGGCGGCCGAAGCGACAGCAGCAUGACGUGCCACACCAGCGACGGAUUUGGCAAGUACUGUCCCACCACGUGCGGCGUGUCCGACUACAUGCAACGCUACACGUCCGUGGCCCACCAGGGACUGGACGCUCUGCAGAAGGACCUGGACACCAUCCAGAACCUGACGCGGAGAGCGGAAGAACACGUGGUCUACAUGAAAGACAGCAUCCAAACCGUCCACAAGAGCGGUCAGCCAGACGUCUUCUUCAAAAAGUCAUCCAGUAUGCUUGAUGACGUCAUCCGUUUUGAGAGGACUAUCAUUGAACAGGAGAAGCAAAUAUUCGAACUGGAAGACGCAGUGUCGUCCAACGAGAGGCGAAUGGCGGACUUGAAGACGCUCGCCAGUCAGCUGCAGAAGACGUGCAGCGAGCCGUGCAAGGACGAAGUAGAGAUUCAGCCCAUGACGGGAACAGAUUGCCAAGAUAUCGCCAACAAAGGCGCCACCGUCAGCGGUAUUUACUUCGUCAAACCGGCCCAAGCCAGUCAACAGUUCCUGGUCUACUGCGAGAUUGACAGCUUCGGGCGAGGCUUCACCGUCAUCCAGAGGAGGCGGGACGGUAGCGUGGACUUCAAUAAAGACUGGGUCCAAUACAAAGAGGGCUUCGGCUACCUCUCCCCCGACGACAGCACCGAAUUCUGGUUGGGCAACGAGAAGAUUCACCAGCUUUCCGUGAGCAGCAGCGUCCCCAUGGUGCUGAGGAUCGAGCUGGUGGAUUGGAGCAACAACAAACGCUACGCCGACUACGCCAUGUUCCGGGUGGCGCCCGAGGCGGACAUGUACCGGCUGACCUACGGCUACUACUUCGGCGGCGACGCGGGCGACGCCUUCGACGGCUUCCACUUCGGCGACGACCCCAGCGACAAGUACUUCACGUCGCACAACGGCAUGCAGUUCAGCACCUUCGACAAGGACAACGACAAGUACGACGGCAACUGCGCCCAGCAGGACGGCUCGGGCUGGUGGAUGAACCGCUGCCACGCCGCCCAUCUCAACGGCAAAUAUUACCAGGGCGGCGUCUACACGGCGAAGGACGCCGGCGAGUUCGGCUUCGACAACGGCGUCAUCUGGGUGACGUGGCACGACCGCUGGUAUUCCCUGAAGGAGACCACCAUGAAGAUCAUUCCCGUUACGCGCAUCGCGGCCGGCGGCGGACAGCAGGCGGGCGUCAAGCAGUUUGGAGGCGUGGUUUGA